AAAACAUGUCAGAUGAUGGGGGCUUUCUUUCAAGUCAAAGUUCAAGGGAAUUAACAGAAGAUGACCAUGAAAAGCUGGCAAAACAGACGAGUAUAAGCGAUUUCAAGCGAAAUAAACUGGAAAUUGACGCUCGAAAAAAUUGGGACAAAUUCUAUCAUCGAAAUAAAAACAAUUUCUUCAAGGAUCGGAAUUGGAGUGCAGAAGAUCUGAAAAUGAUGUGCCCAGACAUAGAUUUCGAGAAAGAAAUCUCCUAUCUGGAAGCUGGAUGUGGCGUCGGCAAUAUGCUUUUCCCAUUAGUCGCUGAAAUUCCAAAUCUGAAACUUUUUGCAUUCGAUUUUUCGGACAACGCGGUGAAAUUGUUGGAGGAACGCGCAAAAGAGCUUGAACUUUCCGUAGCAACAUCUGUCGUGGAUUUGUCAAUUCCUUCAGUUUCAUCUCCAUUCGAAGAGCAAGUUGAUCUUGCUACACUUAUUUUUGUGCUAUCCGCGAUUCAUCCCGAAAAACAUCAAAUUUCAGCGGAAAAUGUAAGAAAAAUGAUAAAAAUUGGAGGCUCUGUUGUAGUCCGGGAUUACGGUAUCAAUGAUCACGCUAUGAUUCGUUUCGGCCGGGAAGCAAGAAUUUCCGAUCGAUUUUAUGUUCGACAAGACGGCACCAGAGCUUAUUAUUUUGAUUUGAAUGAGCUUUCGGAGGUUUUUGAAAAAUCUGGAUUUCGAUGUGUUCGGAAGGAGUAUCUACAUAGAAUGACGGUUAAUCAUCAAAAAGGCCUGAAAGCUCCGCGGAUUUUUGUGCAAGCCAGGUUUAUUAGAGAGAGUUAAUUGUUUUUUUUCAAAUGUUUAUUCGAUUGUUUUGUUCUUGUUAACUAAAGUUGUUAAUAAAUUUAUUGCAAUU